AUGAGUCAAUCUAGUGACCAUGACAGUAACAAAACAGCAAGCGAUGAAAGUAGCACAGAUGCGCAUCCAAAUUCUCAAAAAGUACCGAUACUUUCGCACCAGGACGAAGUUGACCAAGAUAAUCCUGAACCAAGGAACCGUUUUGACUUAGACUUUAGGUGGCGCCCAAGUAUAGAACAUGAUGAAAACUUUCCCUUCAGUGCUAGCUUUCAUGGAAUUGAACAUAUUUAUGAAGGAAGAUAUGGAACUAGAAAAAUUCUGUGGAUUCUCUUAGUGGCAGCAACGAUGAUUGCUUGUUUUGUCUUUAUUUUCAUCCAAAUUGCUCACUAUUCCGCCUUCCAUACGACAACAAAGUCAACCUUAGUCUAUGAGAAACAGUUGGCAUUUCCAGCAGUAACCAUUUGUAAUUAUAAUAGCUUUCGACGCUCUGCUGUAACCGCAAAUGAUCUAAUCCAUAUGGCUUAUCUUGUCAAAGCCUAUCGUCUAAAUCAAGGAGUAGUAUCCGAUUUUAUUGGAGAAAAGGAAAGGCAGAAAUUAAUCAAUUACUGGAAAAAAUAUGAUGCAACUCACGCGAAGAAAUUUAAUUAUCAAUUAUUUGUAGAAAGAGUAGGCUACCAUGCAAGUCAAAUGAUUAAAUCGUGUCAUUUCCGUGGAUUGAAAUGUGGACCUAAAAAUUUUAGCAAUGUUCUGACCAGUUAUGGUAAUUGUAUUACAUUUAACGGUCCUAAGCUCGAAUCCAAUCCGAAGCUGUAUCAGAAAAAUCCUGGGGCCCAUCAAGGACUAGAGUUAUUAAUUAAUAUCCAAGAAUAUGAAUAUACCGGUUCAUGGCAUUCUGAUCGACCAGAUAUCGGUAUUAAAUUUGUUAUUCAUGAAAGACAUUACCCGCCUGAUGUGACCUCGCAAGGUAAAGCUGUUGGCCCUGGUUCUCACGCUUAUGCCAGUGUUAAAUAUAAAACGAUUAGCAACCUACCUUCACCGUACGGUCAUUGCGGUAGCAAAAAACUAGCCUUCUAUAAAAAAUAUACUUAUGCUGGAUGCCAAAUUAGUUGCAAGACUGAAUAUGUCCAAAAGAAAUGUGGUUGCCGAGCUCCUGACAUGCCAGGUAAUUAUUUAUACAUUUGCUCACCACAAAAGAUGAUUGAAUGCGUUUCGCCUAAUUUAGAAAAAUUGAUAACUAUUAACGAUAAAGUAUGUAUUUGUCCGAUACCGUGCCACAUUGUGCAUUUCGAUACCACCAUCAGCUAUGCAAAAAUACCCAAUCCUCAAAUGGCCAAAGAUUUAACAGAAAAAAUUAACAAGACAGCUUUUCAAAUUGAAACGCAUGGUCUUGUUGACCCAGAUAUUGAUCCUACACUUUACAUUUCGCAAAAUUAUAUUCUGCUAAAUGUCUUCUUCGACGAUCUGUAUUAUGAAAAGACGGUCUCAACUCCAGUUUAUACAUUUACUUCAUUACUAGGUAAUAUCGGAGGUCAGUUGGGAUUAUUUGUAGGUGCUAGUGUUCUUACCCUUGUAGAAAUCAUUGAGUUUGGAUUCUAUCGUAGCCGUGGAGCAAUCCGACGAAGUGAUUGGAAGCAAAAUUUACGUAAGAGUAUUUCUAGAAGUCGAGAAGUGACGGCAACUGAAGAAAAAGAACCACUUUGCAGUGGUAAGAUAGAGACGAAUAAAUAG